CCCACAUCAACCACCUCACUGUCAAUUAAUUUGAGUCUUUGAGAUCCUUAAAUUCUGCUUCUAUAUGUGAUCAUGGCACUGAGAUUGUGACACUGAGAUUUUUCAAGAAUUGUCUGCAAGAAGAAGAGCUCAUUCAAGAAACACUCUGUGGCUGAGAAUUCAGAGACUAUGAUUUUAAAAAAACAGAUGAUAAGUGUGAAGUCAGUUUACAGUUGUUGAUAUUGAGAUUUUGACUCUUUAUAUUGAAAAUGAGACUCUGCACAAGAAGAAUGUGACUCUGAAGACUAAAUUCAGAACUAUUAUAAAUCUUCUUCAGAUCACUCAAACUGUUCUUGAGAAUGAGAUGGCCUUCCAUUUUGAGCUUAGCUCCACAAUGUCUUUGCACACAGAAGCUCGUGUGCAUUAAGAUAUUUUUACUAUCUUAUCCUAAAAGGUGCGUACCGAAUACCUGGGGCCUCCAGUUUUUGUAUGCUACUCUAGUACCUUGGGCUCAGCUGGCGUUUCCUUUUUCUAGAAUCCUGAUUGAAACAAUAUUACGUUGGUACCAGCAGCUUUUCUAAGUUCACUACUUCUCCAUCGGAGUCCAUCCUGCAGUCGUCACCAUGCGCCUCCCAUACGUUCCCAACCCACCCCCAGCCUCCAACGAAGAGGAUGAAGCCAUUCUCAAGCGCGUCCAAGCUAGAAGGGGAGAACGGGGCCUCCUCCCCCUCGACCUAGCACUUCUCCAUUCAUUCCCCGUUGCCGACGGCUGGAAUUCAUUUCUCGGCGCUAUUCGUACCAAGACCUCGAUUUCCCCAGACAUUCGCGAAAUCGCAAUCUGUCGCGUUGCCGCUAUAAACGAAGCAUGGUUCGAGUGGAAACACCAUGUUCCCUUGUUGACAGAGGCCGGUUUCCCCGAUGAGGCAUUAAAACUUGUGCAGCGUGGAGUAGACAACCCACCCACUGACGCUGAACUGGCGGCAUUGAUGUCCUCAAAACAAAUUGCCGUUUUAAAGUACACGGAGGCAAUGACGAGGACGGUUAAUGUACCCGAAGAGGUGUUCGCGGAGUUGAGGAGGCAUUUCAGUGAGAAGGAGGUUGUCGAGAUAACAGCUACAGUUGCGGCGUAUAAUUGCGUGAGUAGGUUUUUGGUUGCGCUGGAUGUUGGGGAGAUGAACAAAUAAAUAGGUAUGCAAGUGUGAAAUAUAUGCGUGUCAUUAGCGGCAGUGACUCGCGUUUGAGCUGACUCUGAGCCGAUUUAGAGACUUGCUCAUAAGUCCGGUUAUGAUGAGUUGCCUAAUAUAGCCCUGGUAUAGAAUCCACGCUGAAUAUAAGUUGCCAAUUCGACCUUCAACAAGGGAUUCCUCAAAUCUAAUAUAAAUUUCUCAUGAAGGCCUAAAAAUCUGUUGGAGCGGGAAACGAACAAGGCUUCAGUGUAUGUAAUUUUGAUUGGAAGGAAAUAAUUAAAGGAUAAUUGGUGAUAAACAUUAAUUGAAAUCCGGUUUUAAGCGGCGCAACCUGGCAUUCGCUGGGUCUUUCCUUAUUUGACAAUAUAAUUUUGUAUUCGUUGAUAUGAGGCAUAUUUAAAUUCAACAAGAGAAAAUAUAAGGGGAUUUUCUUUUAUACACCGGUUUGAGUAGUUUUGAGUAGUUCCC